AUGUCCAGUGUACAAUUGCUUCAGGUCAUCACUGGUGCAGAUCCAAGCAAUUGUGCAGAUCCGGAGAGCAAGAGGAGGCGGAUGUCGACAAAGAGCAGAACGGAAGGAAUCGUCAUGGACAUUGGUGCCAACUUUGGGCAAAGCAGCGAACGGUACUUAGAUGCAGGUUUCCAGGUAGUGGCCGUGGAACCCAAUCCAGCAGCAGCAAAGGCAAUUCGAGAACGCCUUGGAACUUUCAUCAGCUCUGGUGAACUUGUUUUGGAGGAGACGGCCAUUUGGACCAGCUCCUCAGCGAAGUUGUACAUCAACAAAGAGGACUCUGAGUGGAGCAGUUGCUUCGAGACUGUGGGCUCCCGGUAUGAUACGGAGGCCGAGGUGGUGGAUGUGAAAUCAACAGAUCUGGGAGCUCUUUUUGGAAAGCAUGGCACUCCUUGGUAUCUGAAACUGGACACUGAGGGUGCUGAUGGUCUGAUCCUAGACCAGCUGGCCACAUUGUGGCCGAAGCCACCCUUCCUAUCCUUCGAACUGAACAGCUUGGUCUACUUGAAGCAGGCAGCAGAGCAAGGCUACCAAGACUUCAAGGUCGUCCCUCAGGGUCAUCACAAAGCAAAGCACCUUCUGGACGAACACGGAAGGCCUUUGACUCAUGCUGGCGACUUUGGAGAGGACGCCAUUGGAGUGUCAGGGAAGUCUUGGAUUAGCCAAGGGGAAGCGGUCGAGCUCUGCCGCCGUCUUUGUUUUGUCCAUGAUGAGCAUGCAGAUGUACAGGGCUUUGCUGCUGGACCGCCAAGGUAUGUUGACCGUGACUUUGCCACUCUUCGAGCUUGCUUUCCAGUUGAAAGCAAGAAUGAUGAGGAAUGGUAUGACAUACAUUGUCGCCACCAAACAGCAGCAAACCGAGUCAAAAGUGAGCGCAGAGAGUUGUAG